AUGGAACCACCGCCUCCCUCUCUCUCCUCCACGGCGGUGGCCUCCACCGUCGUUCCCGCAGCCACCGCGCCUGUUCCUCCUCCUCAUGUGACUUCUUCUUACCCCGAGUCUAUUGACUCCUCCCCUAGGUCUCGUACCACCGAUGGCUGGGACGAUAUUCCUGCUCCUCCCGGCGGCGGAAGCGCCGUCUCUUCUAAACUCCGUCUUAUGUGCAGCUACGGCGGUCAUAUCCUUCCUCGCCCUCACGAUAAGUCUCUCUGUUACAUGGGCGGCGACACCCGCAUCGUUGUCGUCGACCGUAACUCCUCUCUCUCUUCUCUCGUCGCUCGUCUCUCCAACACGCUCCUCAACGGCCGGUCCUUCACGCUCAAGUACCAGUUACCCAGCGAAGACCUCGAUUCCCUCAUCUCUGUCACCACCGACGAGGAUCUCGACAACAUGAUCGAGGAGUAUGACCGUACGAUUUCAGCCCCCAAUUCCACCAAACCCUCGCGAUUGCGUUUGUUUCUCUUCACGCCGAAGCCAGAGGCUACUCAGUCGAUGGGCCAGAUCCUCGAGAGCUCGGCCAAGAGCGACGAUUGGUUCCUCAACGCUCUCAACAGCGCUGGGCUCCUCAGUAGAGGAUUCUCAGAUUCUGAUACUAACGUCAAUCGUUUACUUGGCUUGGACGAUGCUCUUGCUCUCCGCUCUAAUUCCGGAGACAACGAAAACAAUCUCGAUUCCAGUGUCAGAGAUGAUGAUGGUUCCGUUAAAAGCGGCAAGCAGCAGCAGCAGCAACAACAACAAAUCCAACAACCUCCGCCGCAGCAGCAGGGAGGCCAAGAUGUGCACAACAUGCCGGAUUCUCCGAUGUUGGAUACUUCCUCGUCUUUCGGGUCAACUUCUUCUUCCCCCUCGCUAGCGAACCUGCCACCGAUUCGUGUCCAUGUAGAGGAAACUGGCGGGGUUAAGGGGAUGCAGGAUCAGAGGCUGGGAAUCGAAGAACAGUUCGCCCGUAUCAACCACCACGCCGGGAACAAGCAGCUCCAUCUUCAGCAGGAGGACGGGUUCGCAGCGAUCUCUUCUCCACCGCCGAUGCCCGUGACAAUCUCCCUUCCUGCUGCGCCUGUGAGUGCGGCGACAGUCUCAAGCGAGUUCCAGGCGAGGGUUAUCUCAGACGACGAGAGAUCCGAUCACGGUUUCCCGGCUGCAUACAGAAAACCUCCGACUCCACGUUCGCAGCCGCAGAAUCUGGCUCCUCAGCAGGCUCAUCAGCUGAAAUCAAAUAGCGGUGGACACGAGCUGCCAUCACCCAAUUCCGUUUCCAGUGAUAGCAGCAUGAACAACCCAAUGUUCCACCAAAAACCUUCGAUCUACCAAGAGACAACGAUUUCUCAGAUGCCUUCUGGCUCCACCGUAGUCACUGGUUUGAUCAACCCUUCGGAUCCAAACACACUCUUACCCCAAAAUCAUAAUCAGAACCAGGACCAAAGCUACAUCAUUCACCCUCAGUUCGAACAACAAUCUGCACAGUCUCAGCCACAGCAGCAGCAGUUCAUACACGCCGCUACACCUCAAUACAUUCAUCACCAUCCCUCUAGUGGCCUUCCUGUCCAGACUUACAUCCAGCUUUACCCUUCGCAGCAGCAGCAGUCCUUCCACAGGCACCCUGGUCAAAUGGAUCAGCAGCCUUACCCUGUUUAUUAUGUCACCGCUCCGGUCCCACCUAGGCCCUACAGUAUGCCUGUGCCACAAUCUGGAAGUGUAAACGAGGCUCCAGGGUCUCUCCCUACUAACCAUCCCCAGGCGCCGCCUAACUCCACCAUGAUGGCUCCACCUCCUAACAACCACAUGAGAAGUGUUCCUGGUGGGAAACCUGAGGCUGGGGUUUACACAACAGGGCCAGGUAUGGGCGGUGCUCAGAUGGUUCACCAGAUCCCUACGAGCCAGCAGCAGUUCAUGGGUUAUACGCAGAUCCAUCACCAACCUCAGUCUGGUGCAGCUGGGAUUCCCAACUAUGGAUAUGAAUAUGCGGACAAUGCUCAUAAACAGGUGUACUACACGCAGCCUAUGGGACACGCACAGUACCAGACAAUGACCGGGCCUCCACCUGCCAUGGUGUUGCCUGAUGGCUCUGCUGCUGCUAAGCUUCCAGUUGAGACCAUGACUCAACAGAUCCGGAGUUCACAGCCAUUGUGA